GGCCACCCAGACAACACCAAGUACUUGGCGAACUUGCUGGAGGAGCAACUGGGCGAGGGGUUCGUGUUUUUAAACUGCGCGGAGAAUAUUGGCAAUCUUACCUACGAUGGUAUCGACGUGUGUGGCGACCGGCUGCACGAGGCGAUUAAAGCUAAGAUGGCGGAGCUCGCCAAGGACGGGAAGCCCGUCAUGCGUCUGAGCAUGAUUGGCUACUCUAUGGGCGGCCUAAUGAACCGCUACACGGCCGGCAAGCUGUUUGCGGAAGGCGUAUUUGACGAGGGCGGGGUGACCCCCGUCAACUUCAUCACCGUGGCCACGCCGCACCUGGGCGCCUGGCGGCUGCCGGUCAACCUGAUCAACCGCGCCUUCAAUUACCUGGUGCCCGUGACCACCAGCAGGUCGGGCUACCAGAUCAUGCUGCAGGAUAAACACGUGUGGGGCAAGCCGCUGCUGUGCCUCAUGUCGCACCCCGACCUGGUGUUCAUGCGGGCGCUGCGGCGCUUCAAGCGACUGGCGCUGUACGCCAACGUGUUUCACGACCGGCCCGUGCCUUACUGCACGGCCGCCAUCCGACUUGACAACCCAUACGAGGGCGGCGCCCCGCCCGUGCCCAUCGACCCGUCCUUCCCCUCCAUCGUGCAAACAGCAGAGGCGGCGGCAGCCGCGACCCGCAGCAAGGAGGCAGGGAGAGCAGGGGAGAAGGGCGCCGGGGCCGGGGGCGGGACGGGAGGCGUGGGCGUCUCGCCGCUGUACAGCGGGCCAGAACUGCCAGAGUCGGAGGAUGCCACGCCUGGCGCCGCGUCGGCGGAGCUGCAGCCCCUAAAGAGCGGCGCCGGCGAAGCCGGCGCCGCGGGCGCCGCAGGCGCUGCGGCAGCGGCGCAGCCGCUGCCGCCGCCCAAGCUGCGGCCGCUCCGCAACACGUACAUACGGUACAUUGCCGUGCUGUUCCUGCCGCUGGCGAUUCCGGCGCUGAUCAUGAUGGUGCUCACGGGCCGCAGCCACCACCGGCGCAUGCAGCGGCAGCCGCUCAGCUUCGAGUGGAUCAGCAGCUACCACGCCAAACACGGCUGCGGCCUCGUGGAGGGCAAGGCGGGGACAAAGGGCGAGGCGAAGGCAGGGGUGGCAGGCAAGGCGGGGCCGCCCGGCAAAGAGGCGGUGGAUGAGGAGAAGGGCGUGGUGGUGACGGCGGCGCCGCCGUCCAACAUCGAGUGCCCGGCGGCGCCAGACGUGCCCGCUCGCACGCCCGCCUCUGUCGCUGCCAACAUCACCACUGUAACGGUUGACGCCUCCUCGGCGGCAGCGCCCGCCGCAGGCCUGGCGGCGAACCCAGCGGCGGCGGCGGCACAGCGGCCGGCCACGGACGCCGCCACGCCGGCGCCGCGGCGCUCGCUGACGCUGACGGUGGCGCCGGCGGAGGGCACGGCGGCGGGGGCGGGGGACGACGGCGAUGACGGGGUGCUUGUGAGCGAGGCGGAUGUGCUGCUGCACGACGGCAUCGUGGCGGCGCCGGCCGACAUGCACGCCGUCCAGGAGUGGCUGGUGGAGAAGCUCAACAGCCUGCCGUGGACCAAGGUGGAUGUGGACGUGCGGGACUGGCACGCACACGCCGCCAUUAUUGUGCGCAACCCGCGCCGGUUCACGGCGUGUCGGGACGCCAUGCUCUACCUGGCGAACCACUUUGCGCGGGAGUAGCUGCCCAGACCUAUUUCAAGUGAGCGUGGUGUGAGGGUCGGCUGAGUUGGGCCGGAAACUGCCAGGGACAUCGCAUGACAGGACAUGGCUGGAGAGCAAACUUCAGAGUCGGAGCGGGAGAGCAAACUUCACAGUCGGAGCGAGUGGGGCGAACACUGGUACAGGCAUGGCGGGCGGGCAUCAGUAUGGUGACUGGCAGUGGGAUGUUAAGAUAUUGCAAUAGGUAGCUUGUUGUUGACGCCAGCCAAGCAGCAGCGCGAUAUGACAGAAGCGCCGCGACAAUUCCCACUCGUCAAUUGGUACACAUGUUUGUUCGCGCUUGGCAGAACAUUUCGCUCAAUGCGCAUGGAUUCUCCAGAGUUGAAGCCAUUGGUUGUGGACACUGAGGCCUUUGAGAAUGACCUUACUUGCAUCCUGGCCAGCGGGCACGUGGCGGGCGGAUGAAUCCUAGGACAACGUGCUCUUUCUCAGCGUGCAGGUUUUCACAGCGCUACCUUUCCCAUAUGUUACGUAACAGCAUGUGAUUGAAAUGUUUGGCGUUGCCAUACCGAUGCGUGCCUGUAUAGUCGGCCUUCGCUCGGCGAGGACAUGUCCUGACAUGCCGCAGACAGGGUGCACGAGGGAUUGGCCAUUUCUUGCAUCAAUGACUCCGACGCGAUGGACUAAGGUGCAGCCCAUGACAUGCAUCCUUGGGACUAGCUGCUUGCUUAGGCACAAGGGUACGGCCCUCCCAUUCGACUUUUGUG